GCGGCAAGGGCGGAGGGCAGUGUAGGAUGGUCCUGCUGGGCUACGCGCAGGGCGUCGCGACCACGGCAGGCUCGUACGCCUUCUCUGCAGCAUCGGCCUACGUCUUCCGCAGCGACGCGUCGACCUCGUCCGCCCCUCCUCGCUCGACCGGCGCCUCGUCUCCCUCCCGUUCCACCUCCUCGACCUCGCCCAGCUCGCCCUCUUCCGCCGCCUCUCGCCGCCUUUCCGUCCGCCGCUCGCCCUCGCAGAGCCGCCUCCCCUCGGCCGCGCACCCGUACCUCAAUGGCACCGCCUCGUCGUCAUCCUCCUCCUCCUCCUCGAGCCGCGCCAUCCCCGAGACGGACGAGGUCGAGCGUCCGCCGCGCGGCGAGGCCGAGGACCUCGUCGACGAGGUCAACUGCGAGGACGAGCUGUACGCAAUCCUCGGCGUCGCCAGGCGGGCCAAGACGGAGGAGAUCAGGAGGGCGUUCCUCGCGAGGAGCCGGGUCAUUCAUCCCGACAAGCUCCCGUUCUACCCUCCAGCGACGACCGCCUUUCAGCGCCUGUCGUACGCCUACGAGACGCUCUCCAAGCCGAGCUCGCGCCGCAUGUACGACCUGGGCGGCGGCCGAGGCUAUGACCCAGGAUCGCCGAGCGCUACGUCCGAGGGCCUGGCCGACGAGACGCUCAACGGCGUGCUGCGCAACGUCGUCAACGAGUUUCUCAACGGCGACUUCGAGAUGAUUCGCGUCUUUGCCACGGCGCUCAACGAGGGAAACCCGAGCCUCAACUUGGGCGAGGAGACGGUCGACAGCGUCGAGGGCGCGUUUCGGCGGGUCCGCGAGGUCCUCCUCUCCGGCCAACGCUACCUGCGCCUCAUCAAGUUUGAGCUCAUCCGCCUGUACGAGAUCCAGUCGGCCCUGCGGUCGCUCGGCUACUUUGACGUGUACGGCCGCCUGCGCCUCACCCUCGCCCUCACGCGCGUCACGCUCGAGAUCCCCAUGGUUCUCGACCGCGCCAUGCGCGACGAGCUCCCCGCGCCGGCACCGCCGCCGAGGGGCCUCGGCGCUGCGACGCAGGGUCGCGAGCGCGAGCGUGGGCGCGACAAGGAGCGCAGGAGGGGCGGGUCGGGCGCGGCGGGAGCGGCGGGAGCAGCGGGAGGAGGGAUCAAGGAGGGGCAGCUCGAGCGCAGGGGCCUGUUGGGCACCAAGACGCGCGGCAUGCUCGUCUUGACGUGCAAGAUGCUCGAGCGGGCCGAGCGGUGGACGGGCCCGCCCGGUGGUCCGGCGGCGGCGGCGCCUCCCGGUGCCGGUGGAGGAGGUGGACGUGGCGGCAGGUAGCAGGCUUUGCCGGAACGAGUGGAGGACGACGAGGAGCACGCGCGACGAUACCCACCA